AUGGACAUCCAAAGGCACAUUCAAGUAAUAUUUGACGUGCCUGCUCUCCACAAGGAAAAUCAUGCAGCUCUCCGAGAAUUGCUGGACACUAUCCUCAAACACUUGCGCGCCCUUAAGGCUCUUAAGAGGCCUACCGAAACGUGGGAUGAUCUAAUUAUCCACGUAAUCACUUCUAAACUUGACGUAUCCACCAAUAAGGCGUGGGAAACUAGUAUUCUCGAUGCAAACAUACCUAACCUAAAAAUGUUAACAGAUUUCUUGUCGAAGCGAUGCCAAGAGUUAGAAUCUAUACAAAGUAGGGCUCUUAAUAAUCAGACAAGUAAUGCUGUUCAUAAGCAAGUCGGCAAACCAAAAAAUACUUCAGUCACAAACAUUGCUACUUCCAAUCUCUCUUGUGCAUGUUAUAAGGCUAAUCAUCAAGUUUAUCACUAUGAAGAAUUUCUCAAGUUGCCAGUAGAGGAAAAAUUUAAGGUCACGAAAAGAGCCCACCUUUGUAUUAAUUGUCUAAGGUCCACAACGCACCAAGCAAAAUCAUGUAAUUCAGGCACAUGCCGCAAAUGUAGUAAGAAACACAACACUUUGCUACACUCAUCUAACCCAAACAUUUCGGAACAGUCCAUAUCCAGCGCGAAAACAGAACAAUCCACAUCAAAUUCAUUGAGCACCUUAAAUCAAAACAGCAAUGUUCCUCUUCCAGUAUCUACACAAUGUACAUCAAGUCAUCGUUCUCUAAACAUUUUAUUAUCUACCGCAAUUGUAAACGUAUACGACUUAAACAGCACAUCUCACUCAUGUCGUGUACUACUUGACAGUGGUUCUCAAAUGAACUUCAUAACACAAGAACUUGCCAAUCGCUUGCAGCUUAAAGAACGAUCACUUGAGAUCUCCGUAGCGGGAAUCAUGGAAGGAACAGUUCAAGUAAAUAAGUUUGUUAAUGUAUGCGUCAAAUCGCGAUUCAAUAAUUUUAGCGACAAUAUAGAUUGUGUAAUAUUACCUAGGAUAACCCAAAACUUACCUCAGAACUUUAUACCCAUGCAAAAUGUGUUUAUUCCAAACAAUAUAAAAUUAGCAGAUCCUAAUUUCAAUGUACCCUCAAGCAUUGACAUGCUGAUAGGUGCAGAACUAUUUUGGCGAAUCAUGUGCGGGAGUCAGAUCAGACAAUCUAAUAAUGUACCAAUUCUACAAAAAACACAUUUUGGAUGGAUUAUUUCAGGCGUUACGACAAAUUUCACAGCUAAACUCCUCAGUGAACAACAAGCCUGCGAAAAGUUGUUUCUAGAAGGCGUAAGGCGAAACAAGGAAGGACGUUUUGUCGUCACACUCCCAAUAAAACAAGACAAGCUAAGCAACCUAGGAGAAUCUCGUGAGAUUGCUCUACGACGAUUUACGGCUUUAGAAAAACGUCUCAUAGCCCAGCCCAACAUGUACAGCGAGUACAAGAAAUUUAUGCAGGAAUAUCAAGACUUGAAGCACAUGCAAGAAGUUACCAACUAUUUGGGGCCCGACUCAACUAAUCAAGCAUUCUAUCUUCCUCAUCAUGCCGUCCAAAAUGAAACAAGCACCACUACCAAAUUUAGAGUCGUGUUCGAUGGCUCAUGCAAGAGCACCACUGGUAUAUCAUUGAUCGACGCAUUAAUGGUCGGUCCCACUGUGCAAGAAGAUCUCUUUUCUAUUUUAGUGAGAUUCCGCACAUUUCCUAUCGCCCUCACGGCGGAUGUAAGCAAAAUGUAUCGGCAAGUAUUGAUAGAUCCAACUCAAACUGCCCUGCAGCGCAUCUUGUGGCGGGACUCAGCAAACUUAUCAAAACGUUCGACAAUCAGAGCUAUGAGGAAACUUGCCGAAGACUAUUCAAAACAAUAUCCGAUUGCAUCAAAAAUCGCGUUAAGAGACUUCUAUGUCGAUGAUUUGGUCACAGGAGCAAAUACCGAAGAGGAAGCAAUCUCAAUCAAGGAAGAAAUCACUCAACUAUUGCAAGAAGAAAAGUUCGAGUUGAGGAAAUGGGCAUCCAAUGCAUCAUUCCUCCAAGAUGAGCAAUCUAUGGAAGAGGACAGAGAAUUCAUUUUAGCAUCGGACAAAAAAUCCGUGAGACGCACAUUGGGUAUCACUUGGAACUGUCAGUCCGACACAUUCAAAAUCACCAGUAUCGUUCAUUUACCAUCGAUAGAAAGGCCUACAAAAAGAAGCAUCUUGUCACGAAUUGCUUUAAUUUUCGAUUCACUCGGAUUACUAGGUCCAAUCACAGUGACAGCAAAAAUUAUAAUCCAAGAUCUCUGGCGUCUGAAGCUUGAUUGGGAUGAAUCUAUUCCUCUCGAGUUAAACACCAAAUGGAAACGAUACGAAACGGAGCUACAAGAGCUGCGAAGCAUACAUAUACCUAGGCACGUCAUACCUGCAGACCAAUACACUCAUGUUGAAGUACACGGUUUCUCCGACGCCAGUGAAGUUGCGUAUGGAGCAUGCAUUUACCUACGCUCCACGACAGUCAAUGGUGAACAUUCUACACGAUUGCUCUGCUCUAAAUCCAGAUUACAAUCUCCCAGCAGAACCUGGUCAGCCUUUGUAGGUAACCGCGUAGAAGAAAUACAACACUUAACGCCUGUUCAGUCAUGGAAUCACGUAUGCAGUGGAGAUAACCCUGCGGAUCCUCUGUCAAGAGGCGUCAUGCCAGCCUCAUUGGCUCAACAAAAUAUUUGGUGGACAGGACCUUUGUGGCUCAAAGAUAAUAAAGAAGAAUGGCCUUAA